AUGGUUACCAGUGCGCAGCAAGCCACGCUGCACUUUGUGCUGCCCUGCUUGGCGGUGCUGUGCGCCUGCGUGGUGCCAGUGGUGCUGGCCUGGGGCAAUCUGCGGGAGGAGCUUACUGCGGCGGCGCGGCGGCCCUUGGCGCUGCUGUCACUGGCGAUCAUUCUUUUGAGCUCGGUGUUCCUGCUGUCCAACUACAGCAUCAGCAACUUGUACCUUUUCGCGAUAUACUGCGUCAUCUUGAGCAUCGGCACCUUAUGCGCCGACAAGUUGAACCGCCCGCGCGUCUGGUGGGUGAUGACGGCCUGGCACUGCUUCAACUUGCUGAACCUCCUGGGUGGCAGCGCCAGCCUUCUUCAGCCGUACAGGGCUGACACCCAAGGACUUUUGCCCACCAUCUUCCAGAUCUCGGACAAGUUUGGCGGCACUUGUCCCACGGUGUACGAGGUUGAUUGGUGCAACGAUGCCUGGAUCACCUUUCAGCUGAUUGUGGCUUUCAUCUACGUCGUACUGCACAUCGUGUCCUUCUUCCUGGUCGGCUUGAAAGCAUUGGACAUCAACGUCCAGCACGUUCGCCAGGAGUUGAACGAGAGCAGCGAGGCGCAGCGUCAGAGCCUAGAAGAGCCUACGUCAGACCUGCAGGAGUACCAGCCCCAUGCCAAGAAGGAGGUUCUCCAAGAGGCGGUGGAGAUGAGUCCCCCACUGGCAGUGCAGAGGAAAGACGCCGAGGCGGCCUUAGAGGAGGUGAUGGCAGAUAGCUACUUUGCCAGAGAAUUGGAGGAGCUGCGCUGCCUCGCCUCGGGGCCCGAGGGCGAGCGUCCGCUCUUCACUUUUAAGUCAGGUGCCACUUACAAGGGCCAAUGGAAGGGCAACCAGCGGCAUGGCAUCGGCCGGCAAGAAUGGCCGGACGGUGCCGCUUUCACCGGCGAGUGGCGUAACAACUACGCCGAGGGCCACGGGCAGUUCGUGCAUGCAGACGGCGAUGUGUUCAUCGGCCAGUGGAGGAAGAGCGCGGCUGAAGGCCUAGGUCUCUACGUGCACAAGCACGGUCUCACCACCUACCGCGGGCAGUGGGUGCAGGCCGAGCAGCGCCAGGCGGCGCUCGACAGGAACUGGGCGGAGGUGAGCCAGCUGGUGGAAGCGGUUCCGCGGGCCCCCCGGCCUGCACUCGCCAUUUGCUGGGAAGAGCUUCCCAAGGCCCUGGACCCGGCCGAGGGCGAGUUGGACCAGGGCAGGGCGCAGCGCAAGCGCCGGCAGGUAGAGAGCCUGGCUGCUUAUGCGCUGGCCAUGCUGGAUCCUGGCGCUAUGGUGGUGGAAUUCGGCGCGGGGUCCGGGCACCUCGGGCUGCUGGUCGCCUAUUUGGCGCCUUCGAGUCACGUGAUCCUCGUGGAGGCAAAGGAGUACUCCUGCAAGGUGGCGCGUGCACGCGUGGAGAACACUGGCAUCGGCAACUGCGGGGUAUUCCAGGGCACAGUGGAUGAGUUUGCGGGCACCGGUCAGGACUUCGGGCUGGCGCUGGGGCUCCACACCUGCGGCUUGCUGGCGGACGCCGUCUUGCGCCUGGCGCAGAGCCGCCAGGCCGCGGUCUGCCUGGUGCCCUGCUGCUACGGCCAGGUGUCCAGCAAGGAGAACCACCACCGCGGCCAGGGCACCGAGCUGCAUAUGCAUCCCUGCAGCCAGGCCAUGGCGGAGGUGUCCUUCGCCUGGUGCGCCAAGGCGGCGGACUUCACGCCUGGCAAGGGCGGCGCCUUUGAUGCUGAAAGCCCUGGCUUUCAAACGGCGCUGCGCUGCAUGCAAGUGGUGGACACGGAUCGCUUGCUCUUUGCCCAGGAGCGAUCCGGGUACAAAGGAGAGUUGGGCCUGCUGGAUCCGGGUUGCUCGCCCAAGUGCUCCGUGAUUUGCCUGCGGCCGCAGGAAGCAGCAGCGAGAGAACCAGCUGCGGAACAAAAAGUGAGAUGA